AUGUUGUUUAGAAGUCGGCCAGUGGUGGCUUCAAAAGGGAUCACCAACUUAGCAAGUCAAAAUGUGUUAUAUUUUCCAAAAGAGAUGACUUUGAAUGGACCUUUUCAAACACAUCGAUUUUACAAAACAGAAUCAACUGGCAAUGCUUCUAGUUCAAAGUUAAUAGUCAAUGGUAUCACUAAAAAAUAUGGUGAUUUCUCCAAAUAUUUAGAUGAAAUGUCCAGAGUUAAGGUCAUUCCGAACAAGACAGGUUUCAUAAAGAAUCUUGAUCAAGUUUAUUAUGAAUACCAAGGUAUAAUGAACCAAUCUCAACAGUUAGAUUCUCUUAAGCUUCGAGAUACCAAUUUAUUUUUGGAUAUGUUUUUGAAAUUGGGUAGAUUAAAGAGAGCCCAUGACGUUUUAACGGACUUAAUUAAAUUGGACGGUUCAUUGGUGUUUGGCGAUGCAAGAGAUAUUGCGACUGUUCGAAAUUAUUUAAAAGUUCGUUGUGGAUCAUUUUCUGAAAUGUGGUAUACGGAUAGAGCAUAUGAAAUAAUUGACAAUACUUAUAUCUUUAAUUUAUUAGAUUAUAGUUUAAAAAACAAUUUUUCCUAUUGGGAUACAGAAAUUUGUUAUAGUUUAGGUAAGAUGAAUAGAAUAGAAUUAUUGAAUAAGUUUACAAUGAAGAAAUGGGGGAUUUCUAUUCAAGGUCCUCAUUUUAUUGACGGAGAGAUUUACAAAGCACCUAACUCUGAGGUCGUUAUUGCUUUAAUGAAAAUUAUUUGUUAUAUUUAUUCUGAUGGUAUGCAUGAAGCAAAUAAAUUUUUAAAUGCGCUAAUUGAAAGAUAUCCAAAGAUUAAUCUUAAUAUAAAUUUUUGGAGACAUUUAGUGUUAGAAGGUAGUAGUCCCAAGAGAGGUAAUAAGAACUUUGCUGUUGGCAAUGAAAAUGGAUUAGAUGGAUGGAAUACUAUGAAGCAAUGGUAUUUGAUGAGAGGAAAAACUAUUCCAUUUGACUAUUCUAUUGUAGAAGAACUUUAUAGAAUCUUCGAGAGAACUAAGAAUUUAAAAGAUUGUAUUGCUGUUUAUACAAGUUGUUUUUCUGAAUUCUACGAACAACGAAACAAGAUUAAUAAUAAUGAAUGGUCUAUUAUCAAUAAAUAUCAAAAAUUUAUUGUUCGUCGUUUAGUUAAUAAGAAAAAUUAUAAUAAAGUUGAAGAAUUUAUUACUCAAUGGUCAAUUGAUAGUGAUAAUGAAAGAAUGUUACGUAAGUUUUCAAGUUAUCUAAUUGUGUUGAAAAAUAACAAACAGACGAAUAAGAGUUACGAUGAAAUGGUUGAUGAUGACAUGAUACUUGGUUCAUUAUGGUAA